GGCGGGGCCGCGCGGAGGGCGGGUCGGACCGCCCAACCGAGGCUUGGUGUGGUUCGCGCGGUUAUCGGCAGGGCCCCGCUAGCUAAAAUGUAAUUUCAGAUUGGACAAGUGGAGGGAUGGCAAUGCCCGGCGGAGAUCAGGAACUCGGGAGCUACUACGUGGGUGUGGACGUGGGGACAGGCAGUGUCCGUGCAGCUCUGGUGGACCAGAGGGGUAUCCUCUUGGCUUUCGCAGACCAGCCAAUCAACCAGUGGGAGCCUCAGUUCAACCACCACGAGCAGUCCUCCGAGGACAUCUGGGUUGCCUGCUGCAUCGUCACAAAGAAAGUUGUACAAGGGAUUGAUUUAAACCAAAUUCGAGGGCUUGGGUUUGAUGCCACGUGUUCUCUGGUUGUUUUGGAUAAGCAGUUUCGUCCUUUACCAGUGAAUCAUGAAGGGGAUUCUCAUCGAAACAUCAUCAUGUGGCUGGACCACCGGGCGGUCAAUCAGGUCCACAGGAUCAACGAAACCAAGCACAGUGUCCUGCAGUACGUUGGGGGCGUGAUGUCCGUGGAAAUGCAGGCCCCGAAGCUUCUGUGGCUAAAAGAGAACUUGAGAGAGACUUGCUGGGAUAAGGCGGGACAUUUCUUUGAUCUCCCAGACUUCUUAUCGUGGAAGGCAACAGGUGUCACAGCACGGUCUCUCUGCUCCCUGGUGUGCAAAUGGACAUACUCUGCAGAGAAAGGCUGGGAUGACAGUUUCUGGAAGAUGGUUGGCUUGGAAGACUUGGUUGCAGAGAAUUACAGCAAAAUAGGAAACCAAGUGCUGCCUCCUGGAACUUCUCUUGGAAAUGGGCUCACACCAGAGGCAGCAAAGGACCUUGGCCUUCCUGCUGGAAUUGCAGUGGCAGCUUCACUAAUUGAUGCCCAUGCAGGAGGACUAGUAAUCCUGACCUCCCAUAACCUGCCUGAGGCCCGGGAAGCUUCCUCCAUCAUGCUCUUCUUCCACUUAUCUCUGGGCCAGCAGUCUCCGUCAUCUACCCGCACCCAGGGGACAGGCACUAGGCUUGGACCACCACAUGCUGAAAGUAAGCAGGCUGUACCUUGGGAACUUUCAAGACUCUGGUUCCCUUGUCAGUUUCCCAGACCUCCCUGUGGAAUUAAAGAAGAUACUGAGGAACAUCAUCUUAGAGAUUACUUUGAGGAAUAUGGAAAAAUUGAUACCAUUGAGAAAAUUACCAAUAGGCAGUCUGGAAAGAAAAGAGGCUCUGGGUUUGUUACUUUUGAUGACCAUGAUCCUGUGGAUAAGAUUGUGUUGCAGAAAUACCAUACUAUCAAUGGUCAUAAUGCAAAAAUAGAUCACAUGGUGAAGGGCCAUGCUGCCUUCCCUGAACUACAAGCCAAGGCCACAGCCAGAUGCCAGAGUAUAUAUGCAUAUUUGAACAGUCACCUGGAUCUGAUUAAGAAGGCUCAGCCCGUGGGUUUCCUCACUGUUGAUUUACAUGUUUGGCCAGAUUUCCAUGGCAACCGGUCUCCCUUAGCAGAUCUGACACUAAAGGGCAUGGUCACCGGAUUGAAACUAUCUCAGGACCUCGAUGAUCUUGCCAUUCUCUACCUGGCCACAGUUCAAGCCAUUGCUUUCGGAACGCGCCUCAUUAUAGAGGCCAUGGAGUCAGCAGGGCACUCGAUCAGCACCCUCUUCCUCUGUGGGGGCCUCGGCAAGAACCCCCUUUUUGUGCAAAUGCAUGCGGACAUUACCGGCAUGCCUGUGGUCCUGUCGCAAGAGGUGGAGUCUGUUCUCGUGGGUGCUGCUAUUCUGGGGGCCUGUGCCUCGGGGGAUUUCGCUUCUGUACAGGAGGCAAUGGCAAGAAUGAGCAAAGUUGGGAAAGUUGUGUUUCCUAGACGUGAGGAUAAAAGGGUCUUGCCAGGAAACUUCUGGGAGCUUAUGAAAUCUACAGGAAUGGGCCCAGGUCAAGUUUCAAGACAAACUGUCACAGAAAAAAGACUUUUGAGACCGCCUGUAUCACCUAUUUUUCAGGAGUUUAUUUCAGAGUGCAGAAAUGGCAUUAGGACCCCAAGAGCAAGAGAAAUGUGAGCUGUAGUUACAACAGGGCAACAAGGAACUGAAAUUCCUGCAGGGACAGCAAGAGACAAAUUGAUAUGCCGAGUUCAAAAAUCACUCAUCAAAUACCGAUGGACCAUUUACCAUGUACAGAGCACUAGUGACAGGGAUACAGCAGUGAAUACAGACCUGCUACCCUGCUCAUGAAGUUUAGAGAAAUGAGGAAGAGUCAAGAAGAGUUAGGCGGAAAAAACAGUACUUGGGAAGACUUGGAGGAAGAAAGAAGUAUGACACCUGUAAGUUACUCUUGGGGCUUGGAGGACAUGUUCCAAUUUGUUCUGUAUAUCUGUGUAUCGCUCCCAAUGUCUGGUAUUGUGUUGUACACACAGAGACGAACAGCAGAUAUUUUAAAAUCAGCAAUAAAUGAUGAACACUAAUGACUAUGGCAUCACUGGAUCAGCUGACCCUCCCAGAGCUGGUGUAGCUCUGAAUGCCAGAGCAU